AUGAAAGCAAUUGUCGUCGAGGAAUAUGGUGGGAUCGAACAACUUGUGGCGAAGGAGGUCCCUAACCCUGGACCUCCAGACGGUUACGAUGUGCUUGUAAAAGUGAAAGCCUGCUCGGUCAAUCCGGUCGACACCAAGGUCCGAAAAGGCACUUACGACGAUUAUCCCGACUACUUUUCAAAAGUUCCUACCCCUUUUCAAAUCAUCGGCUUCGACGGGGCGGGGACGGUCGAGGCUGUUGGUUCGAGCGUCAAGGGCUUCAAGGCCGGGGACAAUGUUUUCUAUUCCGGAAGCCCAAUUCGACACGGAAGUAAUGCCGAAUACCAGCUGGUGGAUUCGAGGUCGAUUGGCGGAAGCCGGAGUCGCUCGAUUACGUCCAAGCAGCCGCGCUUCCGUUGA